UCAAGUUUGAUCAUAUAAAGUAAUGUUUAUUCUCAAAUGCUCGCUAAUAAAAUAUCUUUAAAAAUGUGAUAAACUUAAUGUGCCACACAAAUAUAACGAAUUAAUUUCAAUAUUCAACAGUGAACAAGAAAAUGUAAUUUGUAACCUCAAAGACUAGUAGUAAAGUGUUGAUUAUACGACUAAUAUCACGUCAAAAAUGUGUGAAAUGUAAGAAAGAAACAUUAUUGUGCUCUAAUAAAAUAAUAAAAAUGGAUGCUUCCAAAAUAACGAGUAAAACUAGUUCACUAAAAGCUUUAAUUUUAAAAGCUUGGAAAGAACGAUGGACUGAUAUUCAAUGGGGCAUCAACAUCAAAACUAUACUGCCGAGGGGCGUCAGUGGUGACCUAUAUAAUCUGGCUGAUUGUAUUCUUCAGCAAGCCAUGGUAGGCUGUGGGGCCAAUCAGUUAGUGAUAUCGUAUUUGAAACAUUCACUUGCGUGUCAUUUGGUCUCUUUCGCGGCUGUGUUACAACGAAUCGCAAAAUUUGAUGCUUUUCACAAACCUCAUUGUAUAAUAAGCUUGUUGGAGUUCCUUGAAACCUUUUUGGAGAGUAUUACAUGCAGAGGCAAGUUAGAAGAAGAAGUUUUAGCUUAUGCUGUAUCAUCUAUAAUAUUGUGGCUUUUACAAGUAUUUCACUAUUCAUUAACCAAGUAUCCAGCUUCAAGUUCUGUUCAAAGUCAGGAAUUAUUGGAGAAAUCAUCAGUUUUACUGAACUCUAUUGUUAAUACAGAUUUUCUGAUUGCAAUGUUCUAUUUGGCCAAGCAGAAUGAUCCUGAUGAGUAUAACGAAGUGACAAAGAAAUGUCAAGAGAUAACAGCAUUUAUGAUGAUGAACACUCAAUUCAAACCUCCGAUGACCAUACAUGUCACUUUACACAAAAUCUGCAAUAUGGAAUUGGAUAAAAUAGCACCCUUAAACAAUAAACCAGAAGCUGUAACCUAUUGUCUGCAGGCUUUAAUAGCUAUAAAUGUGUUCUCAAACCCUAGUGCAGGCAUGCAACAGAUCUCCAGCCAACUACUAAUGGUUCAGAAAAUAAAAGGCUAUUCAUUGUCACGUCUCUACUGUGAACUUAUUAGAGCUUGUUUCAUUUCACUAAAUGAUUCUAGUAAUGAUGCAUCGAAGCAAUCAUUGUGGGCUGCAUUCACUUUUCUAAAAGUUCCACAAGUGAUAAAUCACCUCCAUAAUAUGUGUGGGACAACAAAUAAGGAAAGUGAAUAUUCUACUGAGGUUGUGGAAGCUUUUGAAAUGUUAUUACAAUCAGCUCCACUCCUGGAUAUUGUUGAUACCAAGAAUUCUUGUAAUAGUGUUAUUUCACUUAUAGAGCCAUUAGUUAAACUUAAUGUUCUGUCAGAUAAUACUUUGACAUAUUUUAAACAAAAACGUGAGACUAUUGAUCAUCCUUUACAAAAAUUUGAGCCAAUAGGAUUACAAGGCUCAGUCCCAUUAUUUAUAACUCGUGUUGAACCUACAUUGGCAGAGAUUUUAAAAGCAUUGAGUGGUGAAUUUCACAAAACUCAAGAGUCGCUCUAUAUCAUGCUAUGCCAAAUAGUUGGUCGAACUACAUUGGAUACCAUCCUGGCCGUUGCAACUGUGGAAGGAAAACUAAAAAUGUUUGUGUCAAGACUCAUUAAGUUUAAUGAAUUUGCAUUGUUUGCUGCAAGUGAAAAAGGUGCACCACAAUCAAAAGUAUAUAUAUUUGACAUUUCAUUUUUGCUUUUAUGUUGGAUAGUCCAAGAUUAUGGAGCUGAUGUUGUUCUAGAAGAAAAUGGUGAUUCAUUUUUUGAGAAAUGGGUAAGGGAUUGUAUGGUACAUAAAGGAAAUUAUAAAUCUUCAGAUCAGAUACUUCAGAAAUGUGAUCAUGUUGUUGAUGUUAUCAUUCACCAUUUGAGUGCUCCUGACUUUGAUUUCAAAAAUACUAAUGUCAAACCUCAUGAUCUUUGUAUGAAUAUCACUGGUGCAGUCAAAGAGGUUCUUUUUGCUUGGGAACAAGGUCUACUUUCGGCAACAGAUGUUAAAAGAAUGUUGGAUUCUAUAAGACAAAAAAUGGCUUCCUUGGCAGUGUGUGCAUCAGUAUGGCUUUGUUCAUACAUCAAUGUUGUCCAUCAAGAUGCAUCAGUAAAACCUAUGAAUAUGGUUCAGCAAUUUUUAACAUCACCUACUGAAUUAGAAUUAACUCAAAUAGACAAUUUUCAAGAAAGAGCAAUUUUGAUGUGUCAGAUAAUAAGAAAAUUACUGUUUAAAAUUCAUCCUACUUCAAUGCCAAAAUCAAAAGGGCAGCAGUUGCCAUACAGUAUCACCUCUCGCAAGCCAAUAUUAGAGCAACUACAAAGCAUUUGGGAAAAUAUAAAGUCCAGAGGAUACCUUCAUAUUGAUGCUACCCAUCUCGUUGAGAAUCUUUUGAACACAACUGGCCCAAUAUGGUUUGUGACGAACUUAGUGAAAGAGACAUUAAAAUUUCGGUACCAAGUAGAUCUCGAUAGAUCUGUUGAUAUUGUGUUGGCGAUGUUCCAUUUGGACAUAGAAAAGUGCACAGGAGCACUUUUAUUACAUGUUCUACCACAAUACCUGUAUAAUUCUAAGUUGUCUGAAGAGCUAGUUGAACCCCAGUCUUCUGUAUUAGCCAAGCUAGCAGUGUAUUGCAUAUAUGCUGCCUUAGAUCACAGCAAUACUAAAAAGUCGCAUUUUUCGAGGAAGCGUCGUCAUGACGAAGUUGAGGAUUUGGAUGCGAUGUCGUCUAGUAAAAUGCGGAAACUCAACGACAAUACAUCCGAUGGAAGUGGUGUUUAUUAUUGUAAGGGACAAGGAUAUGAAAUAUCAUUAAAAGAACCAUUGUUGUCAGCUUUAGAAACGCUGUAUGCGUCCUUUUCGCAACUAGCUGGCAAGGACGGAAAUAUCACACCCCAAACACAUUUUAUACUUCAGUUCUUGAUUUAUGUGGUUCAAUGUGGCCAAGAUAGGGCCCAGUUAGUAUUACAGAAAAUGCCUAGUGAACUCGUACCAACUUUAAUUAAAGCUCUACCUGACAAUUUUAACAUUGGUCUGAUUUUACGCUUAUAUAAUUUGAAUACUGCUUACGGAAGAAAAGACACCGCGAGAGAUCUAUGCCUUUUACGAAAUAUGAGGUUAAGGCCAGAAUAAUAAAUAAAAAAUCAUAGUAAUAAAUUAAUAAGAUAAUUUAUUUUAAGAUAUAUAUAAUGAAAUACAUUAAUUAUUUUGAUUUAUUAAAAAAAAAAACUUUUAUUUUAGUUUUAAAUAUAGUCAGUAUCAAUUUUUACAGUUUUAUUAUGGGAACACUCAUAAUAAAUAGUUCUUCCACCCGUAUUAUCCUACUUCUAUCGUUUUUCCAAAUAAUUUAUUAAAUAAUAUUUAAUAACAUUUUAAUAUAAUAUACUAUAAUGUAGGAUGCGUUUUAAGUUAUACUAGGCACUGAUAAGUUGUGUAUUCAGCUUUUUUAAUGUACACUGUAUACUGCAA